AGCACAUUUUGACUUGGUCUGCUGUCGGCGCAUUGCUUACAUAUUCAGCUUCGCUAACAACGCUUAACUCAGAAAAAUGGGUGCACUAUUGUCGACACCAAAAACAGAAAAGUAUAACGAAACGGGUUCCGGAAACGGCCUCCGAUAUGGCAUUUCAAGCAUGCAGGGAUGGCGCAUUACAAUGGAGGACGCGCAUUGUGCAAUCACACAACUUCCAGGAAAUCUAAAAGACUGGUCUUUUUUCGCCGUCUUUGAUGGCCAUGCUGGGGCGCUGGUCUCAGCUAUGUGCGCAAGUGAAUUACUCAAGUGUAUUGUUGAUACGGAAGAGUUCAAGAAGGUCAAUCCAGAUUUGGCACCGAGCAUUCCCGAAAUCGAGCGUGGGAUUCGUGAUGGUUUUCUCGCAUUGGAUGAACGGUUACGUCAGUUGCCUCAGCUUGCUAGUGGCGAAGAUAAAUCAGGCUCCACAGCUGUUUGCGUCCUGAUAACUCCAAAACAUAUCUUCUUUGCUAAUUGCGGUGACUCGCGAGCCGUGCUUAUCCGUGAAGGGAGUGUUGCAUUUGCCACUGUCGACCACAAACCAAUUAACCCGACGGAGAAAGAACGCAUUCAAAACGCUGGGGGCUCUGUUAUCAUCGAACGUGUAAACGGGUCACUGGCGGUAUCCCGAUCACUGGGCGAUUAUGCAUACAAGACUGCGAAGGGUUUAGGUCCGACAGAACAGCUGAUUUCCCCGGAACCGGAAAUUACCGUGCUCGAUCGGGACAAGGUGAUGGAUCAAAUCAUUGUUCUCGCCUGUGAUGGUAUAUGGGAUGUGCUGAGCAGUGAUGCACUCUGUUCCUUGCUACAACAUCGAAUGCGGUGUUCCGAUGAUUUGUCGGUUGUGUGCAAUGAAAUCAUUGAUAUGUGUUUGUACAAAGGUAGCUCUGAUAACAUGAGCAUUGUUUUGGUCGCAUUUGAUCCAUCUCCACGGGCGGAGGCCAAAUACAAGAAGGAAGAUGAGGAACUAGAACAACUCAUUCUUCAACGUGCCAAAGAUUUUCUCGAAAAGUCUGAUCGGAUGCCGUCCAUGGAAAUAAUGCUCAAUCAUUUGCAGGAUUUCACAGAACCCGAACUCCCACCGUUCCUCGUGUAUUGCAAGAGCGGUAAAAUACGCAGAUUGCUGGAAGAACACCAAUGCAACGGACAAAACCACUCUAACCUCUAGUUCCUUCGCUUGGAUGAUAGACUCCCUUGUCAAUUCACCGAAUCCCAAGAACCUGCUUCGAGUUUCAUUUACGUUUAAUGAACUAUCGAGCGGCUCUUAAUGUGACCUCAUAGCCGCCUAAAACUUCUAUUCUUUUUGGUUUUGAUGUCCAUUCAAACAACCCCGUAGGUUUCACGGAUGGGUCGUGAACUUACCGCUCAAAUUUUUCCGUAGAAUCUCACGCAUCAUCCAUUUUAUCCAUUGUAUAACUUCAUCUCAUCCAGUGCGGGACAGUCAUCUGUAACUGAACACACACUAAGUGGGAGAUGUACAGACCCUUUUAUUCUCUACCGGUUGCUGCUUCAGCUCCCGGCCCAGCCCUACCACCACCGUCGCAGAUUCUUCAACUGUGAUACACUUGAUGUGUGGCUGCAUUUAGCCCACCUUUGCGUGCGUGUUUUUGGAAUGUUCCACAUAGAUUUUGCGUUGUUGCUGCUGACAGUUGACACUUGGUGUACAUAGGACAGUAUUGUUUGAUUGCACACUUCCGACGACCCCAUCUCCGUGUAUCACAGCUGUAUUCCGGUGGUUUUCCUCUUUUAAUUUUUUAACGUUCGUAUUUUCUUACGCCUUGGCGUAGCACCUUUUGUGCGCUAUUUCGUGGGCUGUCCUGCUUGUCAGGCAGCUGUGCUGCCCACCACUGUCCAGUCGCCCUCCGAAUUUGUUCGGUGUCAUCAUGCUGCUGAUACGAAUUCAGUAGUUCAAAUACACAGUAAAAAGAUAU